AUGGCAGUGUCUUCAGAGCCGACAUGUCGACGUCUAUGGUGUGCAACAUACUACGGCAGUCAGAUGGGCUGUCGAACACAGCAUAUGCCGUGGGCAGACGGAACUCCUUGUGACAAGACGGGCCGUAUGCAGUGUCACCGUGGGGAAUGUGUGUCGAUAGGAGCCGUAACCAUCGAGCCAAGUCGAACGUGUGGAUGGGGCGAGUGGAGAUCUUGGGAGACAUGCAGUCGAACUUGUGGCGGAGGAGUACAGAGAGCGCUUCGUGACUGCGACAGCCCCAAGCCUGCAAAUGGCGGAAAGUACUGCGUUGGUCAGCGCGAACGCUAUCGUUCUUGCAAUGUGGCUGACUGUCCAUGGGAUACACCAGGUUUCCGCGAAGUCCAGUGCGCCGAAUUUAACAACAAGGACGUGGGCAUACACGGGAUUCCGUCAAGAACCACUUGGGUGCCAAAGUACACCGCUGUUGCCGAUAACGAACGAUGCAAGUUGUACUGUAGAGUUGCUGGAAGUGCUGCCUUCUAUCUGCUCAGAGAAAGGGUCGUUGACGGCACUCCCUGCGACAGAAAUGGCGAUGACAUCUGCGUCGAUGGCACUUGCAUGAAGGCUGGAUGUGAUCACCGGCUUCAUUCGACGAUGACGCGUGACAAAUGCGGUAUCUGUGGUGGUGAUGGCACGACAUGUAGAACUGUCAAGGGCACUUACAAUGAGAGAGGGUCGUUCGGAUAUAACGCGUUUCUCAGUAUUAAAGGAUUCCGCAGAUCGGCGAACAUUGACAUCCGACAGCAUGGCUACAAUAAUCAGAAGGAUGACGAUAACUACCUGUCGCUCCGAGCUGCAAAUGGCGAGUUUCUAUUGAAUGGCCAUUAUCAAGUCAGCGUAUUUCGCCAACAGAUCCCAAUCCAAGACGUCAUCCUUGAGUAUUCUGGAAGUGACAAUGUCGUCGAAAGAAUCAACGGAACCGGUCCUAUCAGAAUUGACAUCUAUGUCCAUGUGCUUUCCGUUGGAAACCUUCUGCCACCAGACAUCAGCUACGAGUACAUGACUGCCGUUGAGAGUCCAUCCGCAAGGAGUGUGUCGAUGAACAACUACCAGUGGAGAGCUGGUGAACAGUGGAGCGCUUGCGAUAGAGUAUGUCAAGGAACGCAAACGCAAGAAAUGCUAUGCGUCGAUUUGUCGACAAAUCGUCCGACGCACGAAAGUCUCUGUACGGGCCGACGUCCACAGACGAAUACGCGAAUGUGCAAUAUCGACUGCUUCGUCAAGUGGAUCACUGAGGACAUUUCGCACUGUUCAGCACAAUGUGGAUCAGGUGAGAAGAAGCAGCGUGUCUACUGCGUGAAAAUCGAAGGCGGUCGACAAGCCAUCACUCGAGAUGAGGACUGCGAUAGAUCGAGCCGACCAUCAGAAAGGGUUACCUGUUUCGUGGACUGUUCGGGAAGGCGCUGGAGCUAUGGCGAAUGGUCAACGUGCUCACAAUCUUGUGGUUCUGGUGGUGUUUCUCGUCGAACUGUGGUUUGUAUAGACGAUCACAACCGCGUUGUACCAGAUCACCUUUGCAACGCGUAUGUAACCAAUACCUUGCAUGCGAGUAGGAAAAGAAAAGUCGCGAGAAGAAUGCAAUCGUUUUCCUUGUCCCAGAUGGGUAUAUGGGCAUUGGUCCGAGGUAAAUGUUCCCGAUCCUGUGACGGUGGUUCCGAGCGCCAUGCCAAUAUGGAUGGCAGCGACAAGAAUACCACUACUCUCAUUGGACGAACGCACGACCGAGAGUCUUGCAAUGAGCAGAUGUGUACAGCAUGGUCGUUCGGUCAAUGGUCGACAUGUUCGGUGACCUGCGGUGAUGGAAUACAGACCAGAGAAGCGAUCUGUGUUGAUCGAGACGGAAGACCAUUGGAUUCUGCCAGGUGUAACUAUCGUGAGCGUAUCGUGCAGAAACCGUGUUCUCGUCCAGCCUGUCCAUCGUGGAAAGUCGGUGAAUGGACGCAAUGCAGUGUCUCAUGUCAAGAUGGUUGGUCAACCCGACGUGUGUCUUGUGUGGAUUCUCGAGGUGAAGACGUCAGAGCCGAGCUAUGCAUGGCUGGAGAUCAGGAGCAGCCGCCUUCCCAUCGGCAAUGCAACCUCGGGCCUUGCCCAUUCUGGAGAACCAACGACUGGAGCGCGUGCUCUGUGACCUGCGGAUCGGGAGUGAGACGUCGUGGUGCAGAAUGCGUCUAUCGCGAGCAGGUGGUCGAUCAGUCGUUCUGUGGAGAUGCUACCCCUCCCAUAACACAACAGUCCUGCAAUCUGGUUCCGUGCACCUCAUGGGAAGUAUCCGCAUGGGGACCAUGCUCAGUGAGCUGCGGUAAUGGCACACAGACCCGUCGUGCUCAUUGCGCUUCAGGACCUAAGAAAGAGCCAGUCAAGGACUUCCUUUGCGAUAAGGCUACCCGGCCACGUGAAAGAAGAACUUGCGAACGUGAUCCAUGUGAGACCCGUGUUUCGGAUCUGCUAACUCAGCCAGCUGAUGUCCCUCCAAUCAGAUGGGCCACCGGGCCAUGGUCGGAAUGCUCGGCGACUUGUGGCAAUGGAACGCAACGAAGACUGGUAAAAUGUCGGGAUCAUCAACGAGAUCUACCAGAUGAGUACUGCCGGGACUUGGAGAAAGUGGAAGACACGCGUAUGUGUAACAUCAAAGUCUGUGCUUUCUGGCAAAGUGGCCCAUGGAUGCCGUGCCCAGCCACAUGUGGAGCUCAUGUGCAGCAAUCGAGGAGUGUGAUGUGUGUGGCAAGAGAAAACGGUGACAUUACAUCUGAGACCGACUGUGACGUCGCUGAACGGCCACCGUCGAUGCGAUCGUGCAAACUGGACACGUGUCCGAAAGGAGAACCACCCCUUGGCCGUUGGAUCACUGGCGAGUGGACAAAGUGUUCGGUAUCAUGUGGUGGCGGAUGGCGGCGGCGUGCAGUGUCAUGCGAUGGCAUCAUCUGCGAUGACACAAAGAAGCCUCGAAUGUUCGACCCGUGCAAUCCGAUGGCGUGUCCACCGAAAAGCAACAACACUUGGCAGUCACGAAGAAGAACUUCUUCUGCGAGCGUCCUACCUUCCCCUUGUUCAGUCACGUGUGGUGGUGGAAUACAAAGACGUCGUGUAUGGUGCGAAGAUGCGGUGAGCGCCAAGGCUCAGGACGACAGCGAGUGCCGUGACGCGAAACCGACGACACAACGUGACUGCGAGCUGUCGCCAUGCCCAGCAUCCCAACAGUCUCCCGCGACAUGGCAAGCGGGCCCAUGGAGUCCGGUACGUCGCAGAUACUUGAUGAACCAGCUUCUUCGUCACUAUCGUCGAUUCCACCCGCAGCGAGCUUAUUAUUAA